UCCACGGCGACACUGCAGCUUGUCACACGUUCUCCACACCCACCAGUUUCAUUGCCUUGUGCAGAGAGAGCUCCAACCAUCUUUCUCAUUUGUCAGACAUUCUCUGAGAAAGGAGGGAACUCACAUCUCCGUCCUCCAACCUUUGCCCCAGAGAAGUGGGUACCGGGUGCCCUGGGCCUGAACAGCCCUGAGGCAGGGAGUGGGACAGCCUGCUGUCCUCUCCCGUUUGGCGGGCUUUGUCAGGCCCCUCCUCCUGACGCUGACCUUUUCACCACAGGCACCUGCAGUACACACAGAGGAGUCCUUGGACUUUGAGGAGGAGUGCACGGCAAGCCGAGGCUGUGCAAACCCGGAACGAUUCUGCCUCCAUACUCGGCGUUGGCUCAGAAUUCCCUGAGUCCCGCUCAAACUCUGUGAGCUGCCUACUGCCCCUAGUGUUAGAUCAGUCCAUAGACAGUGGGAGCAAUGCCUGUGAAUCUGUUGGAGGAUUGGUGCAAGGGCAUGGACCUGGACCCCAGGAAGGCCCUGCUGAUCGUGGGCGUCCCUGUGGAGUGUAGUGAAGAGGAAAUUAAAGAGACCCUGAAGGCGGGCUUACAGCCCCUGUGUGCCUACAGGGUGCUGGGCAGAAUGUUCAGAAGGGAAGACAGCUCUAAGGCAGUUCUCAUUGGAUUGGCCGCCCAGGUCAAUUACGCUACGGUGCCGAGUCAGAUCCCAGGAAAGGGAGGUACCUGGGAAGUGGUGGUGAAGCCCCGUAGCCCAGAUGAUGAACUUAUCAACAGACUGAACCACUUCCUGAAAGCUGAGGGCCGGAGAAUGGUAGAUGUGGUCAAAACCCUGGGGUAUAGCACUCGCCCCGAGGAGGGACAGCCAAAAGGCUUGGCCCAAGUCAGGCCGCCAGACCCGCAGCCUCUGCAAGAAAGCAUGUGGUACCGAAAACUGAAGGUGUUUUCGGGAAGCACUUCCCCAGGCCCGGGCGAAGAGAACUUUGAAGCCUGGCUAGAGCAGGUGACGCAGAUGAUGCGGAUGUGGCGGGUGUCUGAGGUAGAGAAGCAGCGGCGUUUGCUGGAAAGCUUGCGCGGCCCCGCCCUGUCCAUCGUGCGGAUGCUCCGGGCCAACAGUGACUCCAUGACCGUGGCGCAGUGCCUGGACGCCCUGAAGCAGAUCUUCGGGAAUAAAGAGAACUAUAGAACCGCACGCUUUCAGUUGCUCCAGACCUUGCAGAAGCCCGGAGAGAAAGUCUCUGCCUUCUUGCUGCGGCUAGAGCCCGUGCUGCAGAACGCUGUGCGGCACAGCCCCUUGCCAGUGAGAAGCGCAGACAUGAUUCGCCUGAAAUACAUCCUAGCCCAGGCCCACGUGAGCACCAGCCUCCGGGACAAGCUCAUGGUCUUGGAUCAACGAGGCUGUGCGCCCCCCUUCCUGGAGUUGAUGCAGCUCGUUCGAGACGUGGAGGAGUGGCAGACCGCCGCGGCAGUGACCAGGGAGAAGCAGAGGCAGGUAGGAGGGGGCCACAGGGCCUCUGGCACCCAGGUAGUGGCAGAAACCAGUGUCCCGGUCCGUCCGGUCAUGGUGCGGGCAGGGCAGUUCCAUGACAGCAGCACUCAGACCGUCCAGGAAGGGGCUACCCUGUCACUGAAGCGCAAGCAGGUGCCACGCUGCUGCGAGACUGGGGAGGAAGGCCACAGCCAGGCCGCGUGUCCUAGGGCCGAGGACCAGCCCCCGGCAAAGCAGGCGCCUCAGCCCGCAGCAGAAGAGUCAGGAAACGAGAUGCGGGCUGGAGCCAGGAGCCACCCCAGGCCCCAGGAAGCAUAGGCUCAAGGUAUCCAGGCAACCCCUCCCCUAGCAGGCAACACAGAUAUUUCAACGAGGGGAAGGGGCAGCCCACAGAAAGAGUGGGGGCCUUGACUGGGGCACAGGGGCAGGGCAGCCAGGCCGAGGCCCCGCCCCAGCCCCCGCAGCGUCCACCAGCUGUUAGGGACUCCACCAAGCAAGCCGAAAUCAGCUCAGGGAGGCACCGGCGGCACAAGCGGGAAGCCGCCAUACGCAGCACGACGCGUACCCGAGCCUCAGACACAGACCCCAGCACAGCAGAGGCUGAAAAAGGUAUAGUCGGGGGCUCUGGCGUCAGCCCUGUCUUCUGGCCACCCUCAAACGCCCACCCUGGGGGCUCUGAGCUAAGGGUGUUGACAGGCCCCCAGGCCACGCGGGGCCUAGAGGCGCCUCCCCCGGGGCCGCCCCUGCCAGAAGGAGCCGGCGCUGGCGAGGAAGGGCUGUGGGGCAGAGAGGAGAUGCCCCGGAGGGACACCGCAGGGUCCAACUUCACGAUCAUCUACAGCGCUCGAGGGGAGCCCCGGGAAGGCAGCACCCUGGAGCCUCUGCGCGGGUUAGGGCAGGAGCAAGUCUCCUGCCCCUGCAGCCUGAAAGGGCAGUAGGGGCAAGGACAGCAGACACUGAGGAGACGACCCCACGCGAGAGCGUCAGGUCAGCUUGGCAGGCAGGGCGCUGAGUCCCUGGUUGCCCAGUACCCCACAACUGGCUUUGGUGUGAGUGGGGGUGCAGGGAAGCGUUUGUUCCAAAGGAGGAGGAGACGGAGGAGGGGGGCCCGGGAAAAGGGGGGGGGGGGG